CUUUUGACGGCUGUUUUUCCAAGGAAGGAAAAUACAUCUCUCUUUCGACAUAACCAAAUAUCUCAUCCUCUUUGUCUCCAGAACAUCUCCCUCUCCUUCCUCGCUACUCCUUUUCUUCUCGAUUCUGUGCGACUAAUUGCCUUUUCUACGCUCUUUGCCGGAUUAUUUUGUAAAAUUUCGGCGACCCAUUUGUCUUCCGGGUAGACCCAGAUCGGAUCCUUGGCCAUUUAUCAUUUUUUUUCCUUCAUCUUCACACCCUAGAUUGAUUAUUUACCUGUUUAUUUGGGGUAAGGUAUAAAUGGGAAAAUGAAAUGCAAUACAUCUAGGUCGGGCUUAAGGUCGAGAUUGAUGGGGAUUUGUUAUAGUAUUGACGAUAAGCAAGUAUCUCAAGAGCAACGACAAUUCUCUUCUAAGAAAGCAGGACAAGACUUGGAUCAGUCUGCAGGUAAAAGUAGGCGAGAUUCAUUUGAUGUAAAAAGUUCAAGCAACACCCAGUUGGUCCCCAAGAAUGUGACUGAUCUUCGCCAGAAUUCCGGGUUUAGCAAUGUUGACAUCUUUACAUAUGAGGAAAUGACAUUAGCCACAAAGCAUUUUCGACCAGAUUUUAUUCUCGGCGAGGGUGGAUUUGGAAUUGUUUAUAAGGGUGUCAUAGAUAAAAGUAUAAGACCUGAUUAUGAGACCAUAGUUGUUGCCAUUAAAGAGCUUAAUCCUGAUGGGUUACAAGGUGACCGAGAAUGGCUGGCCGAAGUCAACUAUUUAGGCCAACUUAGUCACCCAAAUCUUGUGAAACUUAUUGGUUAUUGCUGUGAAGAUGAGCACAGGCUAUUGGUCUAUGAAUACAUGGCAAGUGGGAGUUUGGAGAAACAUCUUUUUCGUAGAGUGGGUUGCACAUUGACUUGGUCAAAAAGAAUGAAGAUUGCUUUAGAUGCAGCAAAGGGACUAGCUUUUCUUCAUGGUGCUGAAAGAUCUAUCAUAUACCGAGAUUUCAAGACAUCCAACAUCCUACUGGAUGGGGAUUUCAAUGCAAAGCUCUCAGAUUUUGGACUUGCAAAAGAUGGACCAAUGGGAGACCAGACACAUGUAUCGACACGGGUGAUGGGUACUUAUGGAUAUGCUGCACCUGAAUAUGUAAUGACUGGGCACUUAACCGCUCGGAGUGAUGUUUAUGGUUUUGGAGUAGUGUUGCUUGAAUUGCUUCUGGGACGAAGAGCCUUGGACAAGGGUAGACCCAGCCGAGAACAUAACAUGGUUGAGUGGGCCAGACCACUUCUGAACCACAAUAAAAAGGUUCUAAAGAUAUUAGAUCCUAGAAUGGAAGGGCAGUAUUCUGCUAAAAUUGCAAUGAAAGUAGCCAAUUUGGCGUACCAAUGCCUUAGCCAAAAUCCAAAAGGGAGACCCCUGAUGAGCCAAGUGGUUGAAUUACUUGAAGGUGUUCAAUCAAAGGAUGAAAAUGAAAUGCUGCAAAGCAAUGACAAAGGGGUGACUCUUUAUGAGGAUCGAGGGCAUUCUCCUUGUACUCCACAGAAGAGAAAUCCAAGCAGUAGUAAUGAAAGGAGCAAGCCGGCAAAUGGAAGAAGCAACAGCGAGCCCUCACCCGAGUCUGAUCUUUAUAACCCUUAUCCUAAUGUCGCAGUCUCGAGUCUGGAGUCCAAUGAGAAACUAGCAUCUACAUGAUUGAACUUGUAUGAAUAUGGAUGGAAUUUGAAUUGUUAGAAAAUGUAUCUAACUUGUGUAUCCAAGUUGAUGUUGUGAAAUUGGUUUGUUAUCCAUUUUCUUAGUGCAGUUUGAGACGUCCUUCCCUCUACUUGUUAGAGGUAAAGUUGGUUGAUCUUUUCCCACUCGGACUCUCUUUGGUAGGCUUAUUUGGUUAAUUUGUUUAUUUUGCUUGUAAAUCACCAGAAGCAAUUUGACCUUGUAAAAGCUCAAGUAUCAUCAUCAUCAUCAAUCAAAAGUGAAAGAAGGUCGAGAACAUGAGUUUUGGUGAUUGGCUUCUCUACUUUCGUUUA